AUGACCGAAUCUGGAGUGAUCAGGACACUAACACUACAGUGUAAAGAGGAGAAGUUGAAGUUUAAUCCAUACAGAUACACAUUCAUCGAUAAAGCAAGCUCAUUCUCAUCAUCUUCCUCGUCUUCAUUUUCAUCCAACGGUCGAGAUUCUUCCUACGAUUACAUUGUUAUCGGAGGUGGAACCGCAGGCUGUCCUCUAGCCGCAACGCUAUCGCGGAAUUUCAGCGUUCUUGUUUUAGAGAGAGGUGGCGUUCCGUUUACAAACGCAAACGUCUCUUUCCUCAGGAAUUUUCACAUCGGACUCGCUGACACGUCAGCUUCUUCCGCGUCUCAAGCGUUUGUUUCAACUGACGGCGUUUACAACGCUCGUGCUAGAGUUCUCGGUGGUGGUUCUUGUAUUAACGCCGGUUUCUACUCCAGAGCCGAUGCUGCGUUCGUGAAGCGAGCAGGAUGGGAUGAGAAGCUGGUGAAGGAAUCGUAUCCAUGGGUGGAGCGAGAGAUUGUUCAUCAGCCAAAGUUGACUUUAUGGCAAAAAGCUUUGAGGGACAGUCUUUUAGAGGUUGGAGUCAGACCUUUCAAUGGUUUCACUUACGAUCAUGUCUCCGGCACCAAAAUCGGCGGUACAAUCUUCGAUAGAUUCGGCCGUCGUCACACCGCCGCGGAGCUUCUCGCUUAUGCUAACCCUCAGAAACUCAGAGUCUUGAUUUACGCCACCGUGCAAAAAAUCGUCUUUGACACUUCCGGAGCAAGGCCUAGAGUAACAGGAGUGAUAUUCAAAGACGAGAAAGGUAAUCAGCACCAGGCUUUACUCUCGAAUCGGAAGGGAAGUGAAGUGAUUUUGUCUAGUGGAGCGAUGGGGUCACCGCAGAUGCUGAUGUUAAGUGGAAUUGGACCUAAGAAGGAGCUUCAGAGGUUGAAGAUUCCUUUGGUUUUAGAGAAUGAACAUGUUGGGAAAGGAAUGGCUGAUAAUCCGAUGAACACGAUCUUGGUGCCUUCGAAGCAGCCUAUAGAACAAUCACUUAUCCAGACUGUUGGAAUCACUAAGAUGGGUGUGUAUGUUGAAGCCAGUACUGGCUUUGGGCAAUCUCCCACGAGUAUUCAUACUCACUAUGGGAUUAUGUCAGACAAGAAUGAAUUGUUUUCCACCAUUCCUGCUAAGCAGAGAACACCAGAAGCGACACAAGCUUACAUCACAAGAAACAAAUUCCAACUUCACGAAGCAUUCAAUGGAAGUUUCAUCUUGGAGAAACUAGCUUACCCAAUCUCUAGAGGGCAUUUGAGCUUGGUCAACACAAAUGUAGAUGAUAACCCUUCAGUCACCUUCAAUUACUUCAAACACCCGGUGGAUCUUCAACGCUGUGUUGAAGCCAUUCGUCUGGUUUCAAAAGUGGUGACGUCUAAGCGCUUCCUAAACUACACGCAGUGCGAUAAGCAAAACGUCCACAAGAUGCUUAGCUUAAGCGUCAAAGCAAACAUCAAUCUAAGGCCAAAGCAAGUUAACGAUACCAGAUCAAUGGCUCAGUUCUGCAAAGACACUGUUGUCACAAUCUGGCACUACCAUGGUGGGUGUCUAGUGGGUAAAGUUGUGAGCCCUGACCUCAAAGUUCUUGGUGUCGACAGGCUCAGAGUUAUUGAUGGCUCGACAUUUAAAGAGUCUCCAGGAACCAACCCUCAAGCCACAGUCAUGAUGAUGGGAAGAUACAUGGGAGUCAAGAUUCUUCGGGAGAGACUUGGAAACAAGGCAGGUGUUUAG